AUGGCCCCGCUUACGCUGCAGUCCACUCAGAAGAUGGUCUCGGGAUAUGAGAUCCCGGUUGUUGGGUUCGGUGUUUACCAAACGCCUCCCGAUGUCACGGAGAAGGUGACACUGAAGGCCCUGGAGACCGGAUACCGCCACGUCGACAGCGCCAAGUACUACGAGAACGAAGCCCAAUGCGUCGACGCCAUCCGGAAAUCUGGCGUCGAUCGGUCCCAGAUCUUCUACACGACCAAGGUCCCCGCCACUCACAUGUCAUAUGAGAAGGCCAAGGAGGCGAUCGAGGCGAGUCUUGUGGAUGCUGCCGGAAUUGAAUAUAUUGAUCUGGUACUACUCCACGCCCCCUACGGCGGCAAGGAAGGCCGACUGGGUGCGUGGCGCGCCCUUGUGGAGGCCCAGAAGACGGGCAAGAUCCGCUCCAUCGGAGUCUCAAACUACGGCAUCCACCACCUGGACGAGCUGGAAGAGUACAUCAACAGCGGCGUGGGCGGACAGAUAUCCGUCGGCCAGUACGAGAUCCACCCGUGGUGCACGAGAGAGGAUAUCGUCGCCUGGCUGAAAAAGCGCAACGUGGUGGUGGAGGCCUACUCGCCUUUGGUGCAGGCGACGCGCAUGAAGGAGUCGAUCCUGCAGCGCCUGGUGCGGAAGCAUAACAAGUCUGGAGCGCAGAUCCUGAUCCGUUGGAGUUUGCAGAAGGGCUAUGUCCCCCUUCCCAAGUCGGUGACCGACUCCCGCAUCAUCGAGAACUCGCAGGUGUUUGAUUUCGAACUGACCCAGGAAGACAUGGACACAUUGAAGACGAGCACUUACGCGCCUGUCUGCUGGGACCCAGCCCGCGAUUCCCGUCUGUAG